AUGACCGCCGCGCUCUCAGGCUACCUCCUGGUCCCAGCCACCCCGGCCCAAGACCUGAUCGCUACCAAACGCGAACAUCUGGAAUGGGGAGCUCCCCUCCUAACUGAAGACCAGUUCAUAACGCGCGAGAAAAGCGUUCUCGACGGCACCGAUUUCUCUCGCAACCGUCGUCAACGUUGGGUCCUUGUCCCCGCGGACAAUACUACCACUCAGGAUUUUCUUUCUGCUUGCGAGACUUAUCGUCGCCCCAUCCUCUUCAAGCGUCCAGGCAAGGGGCGAGUGGAGAGCGGGUGGGGAUAUAGUGUCUGCAGUGUUUUUGUACCUGAGGGGAAAAGGAGGAUGGGGUAUGCGGGGCAGAUGAUGACUCUUUUACGAGAGAUUUUGAAACCGAAGCGGGCAGCGCGGCCGGGCGACUUGGUUGAAGGCUUAGAUGAGCGAAAAGGAGAGUUGGGUGAGGAUCGUCGGUAUGGUAGCAAUGCAACUUUGAGUUUUUUGUACAGUGAUGUAGGGGAAUACUAUAAGAAGUUCGGCUGGCAAGUUGUCGGCAAUCGACACGUUGAAUGGCCACCUCUUUCGGAAGGCGAUAGCCCGAUGCGCUUGCCGGAGGGUGCAAAGUGGUUAGAGCCGGAAGAAUUGCGAGAGGUUGGUAGGAUGGAUCGAGAAUUCCUCCUCUCCCAGCUUCAAACCCCUUCCUCCCCGGGAGAUGGCAAGAUAAGAUUCUGUCUAGAUGAUCCAGAAGCUACUUCCUGGCGAUGGCUCAUAAAGCGAUCCAGCUUCUACGCUACCACCCUCCUACCCGAAUCCGCUCCUAAACCGAAACACUUUGGCUUAUACCUCCCUUCCACCUCUGGCAAAGGGGAUGAAUCGUAUGCGGUAUGCAUCUUCGACCAUAUCGAGCGCAAAAUUUCCAUCCUCCGCUUCAGAUUCUCCUCGCCACAAGCAUUCCAGGUCUUGAUCGGUGCGAUUAGAGGCCAGGCGAGGCAAUUCGGGAUGAAGAAAUGCCUCGCAUGGAACCUAGACCUUGCUUCCCUCGGUGUCGAGCUGAGUGAGGACGACGAUCAGAAGUUGAAAGCGGGGGAGAAAGUGCAAGGGUACCAAGACAAGUUGAAAGGAGGAGUGGUUGUCGAGAGGCAAGGAAGUGGAGCUAGUUUGCCUGCGCUUGCUUGGUAUGCGGAUAAGCAAGAGGGGGAGGAUGUCGAGUGGGUCUGUAAUGAGUACGGCUGGUGGUGCUAA